AUGAAAGUAUAUUUAUAUGGUAUGAAAUGUUUAAGUCUGAUGUUUCAACUUCUUUAUAAAAAAUUGAAGGAUUUCAUUACAUAUUUUUCUUAUUUAUUAAACCUUGUAUUAUCAAUGCUUCAUCUAUUUAGAUUUUUAGUAAAAUGUUUAUCGAGAAAUAAUUUUUAUACUUUUGAUAAAAUAGAAAGAUUUUUAACAAAUCACAAAAAUUUUAUAAAAAAGGUUAUAAAAUUAAUUAAAAGAUUGUUUAUGGUAGUUAAAAAAAAUAAAUAUUUUACUAUGAUAAAUUAUUAA